AUGUGUACCUCUCCUGCCUUGCCUGCCGACACCAAACUUGUCCAGGAGACUGUCCCACCACCACCAGUUGAUCCUAUCCAACCUCCUCCAGCCAGUAAUCCAGUGGCAUCAUCAUCAUCAUCAUCAUCAUCCGCUAUUCCUCCUUUACAACAAGCAACCACUAUUUCAACACAACCAUCAGCUACUUCCUCUGAACAACCUGCUACUGCUGCUGCCAUUCCAAAACCCGCUACUCCCAAUGAUCUCCCUACAACCAAUGAUGUGUUGAUUGAGAUCAACCAAAUCCGUGCCUCCAACGUUUUCACUUCAGGCGAUACCAUCCAAGGUAAAGUUCUCAUCAACGUUGCCACCGCUCUCUCCACUCUGGAAAUCACCGUCAAACUUGAAGGCGAAUCACGCUCCACCGUCACCGGGACCCGUGAAACCAGACGUAAUCGAAACCCUGAAAAAGUGGUGGCCAUUGAAAACCAUAAAGUGUUGUACCAAAAGGUCAAAGUAUUCCCGACCCCAGAAUUAACCGGUAACAGUGAAUUGCCUCGCUACACCCAAUCCAUCAAUUCUUAUCCAGGUCAACAAAUACCAAGUACCACCACCACCACCACCACCACCGACAGAGGCCAUUCCAACGGAUCUUUCAAAGAAUACACUUUAUCUCCAGGACGUUACCUGUACCCUUUCUCAUUCACAAUUCCUCUCAAGAAUCACUGUUUGAUUGAUACUCAAGGCUUGACCUCCAAAUUCUCUUUGAGCACCAGUGGAUUAUCACAAAUUAAUAAAAAUGCCGAAUCCAUCAAGCAUACUUCCUGUCCUUUACCACCAUCUAUGAAUUCCAUUGGCAAGGGCAAAUCUGAGAACUCUUCGGAUGCCGAAAAAAGUGGGAUCCACUAUUUUGUUAAAGCCACCAUUCAAAGAGGUACUUUUAAGAGUAAUAUUAGAGUGACCCAACCUUUCAAGUUUGCUCCAAUGGAUUUCGAACUGCCGGUGCUGUUGACCUCGCCGGGGUCCAUGCCAGUGGGGUUCACCAGAAUGAACUUCCCAUUGACCGUGUCCACCGAUAUGGCGUUGCCAUUUUUCGUGGAGUCCAGAUAUUCGGCCCCAGGGUUUUUGAACUUAGGUUAUGGUUCUAAUGUUGAUUCGCCUAAACCAUCGAUCCCCAACCUCAGUUUACAUUUCCUAACGAGCAUUGCUACUCCAAAUAUGGUAUCUCAAAAAAUCCCUAUGGCGAACGUUAAGAUCGCCGUCGAUGCGAUUUCUUUCAACUUGGUGGCGCAUUCGACGAUCUUGGGGGAAGAAUUUAGAAAAACUUUCAAUACCAAAUACACGAUUUUCCAAGACUCGUACAUCAACAAGAAUAUCCCAUCGAAAAUCAUUGGCAUUUCUCAAUUGCAACCGUCCGACGCCCGCGUGCGCGUCGGGGAUGCCGGUGAGCCGUUAUAUGAAACGAUCAUUCCCCAAGCACUUUAUCCCCAAGAUAAAUUCCAAUGGCCCAAAGAGUUGGUCGCUGGUUUCAAGACUUGUAAUAUCAAAGUGGAUUAUUCAUUGGUUGCGGAAAUCACUUUGAGAGUGGUUGAUCCAGCAUCUUCCAUGGCCCUUGCUUCCACGUUGGCCGUAGGUGAUACUACGGGGGUGGAUUCGAAACCCACCACGGUGUCAAUCACCACCGAUGGUUGGAAAGUGUUUAGUGGGUUUGCGGUGCCAAGUGGGGUUUCAUUGACCAAUGAAAAAGAUGAAAUGGUUUUCAAUGGUGUUGGUGUGCCAUUUGCCAAUCACUCGCAGCAGCCAACCCAGGCUAAUUCUGGAAAUGAACUACAACCAGCAGCAGCAUCAGCAGCAUCAGCAGCUACUACCACCACCACCACCACUCAAAAACCACACAAGACUCAGAAUAUCUCGAGUUACGAGCAUCUUGCGGGAGAUUUGACCAAUACUUUGACUUCCAAAAUCAGUUCUUUAUCGAUGAUGAUCGAUGAAAAGAAUCCAUCUUUGGGAGGUAAAGCUUCGAAACUCGCGGGAUUCUUGAGUAAGAAGAAUGCCACUUGGCAACACCGUUUGAACAAUCAACCUAGCGGCUCAGUUGCCAUUGGAAGUGAUUCUACUACCACUAUCGGGACAACUCCAGGGGGUUCUCCUUCUCCUUCAGUUAUCACUGGAGCUGCUCCAACUAGUGGUACCAUUGUGGCACCAUCCCAUCAUUCAACUACUAUUCCUGCUGUCUCUACAGCAACUAGUACUACUACUACCACCCCUGCCAAAUAUGAUGCCGCAGUUGCCACUCCAGUGGUGCCAACUGGCUCAAUGGCUACUGCUUCUACCCAAAACACCGCUGGUUUUCCAAGACCUGAGGAAGAUAUUUCCAAUUUACCACCACCUCCAGCUUAUGAAUUGGUUGAUCCUACUACAGGGUGUUCUUCAAGUGUUGCUGCUACCCAAGCGUCGGACGCAAAGCAAACCCAAGGUACUUCUUCAUUACCAUCAGGAACCACUACUACUCAAGUAAAUGAUUCCAAUCAAACUCAAGGUACUUCAUUACCAUCCGGAGUAACUGGUUUAGAUCGAUACGGAUACCCAAUUGAUCGUAAGGAUCACACAAAAAAAUAA